AAAAGUAAGGUUAUGUUUAUAGAUUUGAUAUUCACAAUAAAAGAAAUAAACAUUAAAACUAAAGUCCUGUGUUAACCAAUACACUUUUGCACGUCUUUAAUAUAAAAUGUUUUAACCAAGUGCUUACAACAUUAUAAUUUAUUUACAAAAAAAAAACUACAAUGACUGAAGCUGCAGAUUCUAAAGAGUUUAAACUAAAACAUAUGAAAUGUGAAUUGAACGCAUUGAGCAAAUCGGAUGGAUCUGCAAUACUGUCUCAAGGUGAAACAGUAGCAUUAGUAAGUGUAAAUGGGCCGUUGGAUAUAAAAGUACAAAACCAGAGCAUUGAAAAAUGUUAUUUAGAAGUUUUGUUUUGUACUAAAGGUGGUAGACCUUCUGUUCCUGACAGAUAUAAGGAACAUGUAAUCAGACAGACAUGUGAGAUGGCUAUAACUGGUAGUCUGUACCCUAGAACUGGGAUCACAGUCACAAUACAAGAAUUGGAGGAUUAUGGAGGGCUUCUCUCCUGUGCAAUAAAUUGUGCAUGUCUCGCAUUGCUUAACUCGGGGUUAGCAAUGAGGUAUGUGUUUGCGGCUGUGUCCUGCGCUGUGGAUGAGGUUGGCAAUGUUGUACUGGAGCCUUCGUACCAAGAAGUGACAAAUGCCAAGGCAAUAUUAAACUUUGUAUUUGAUAGUCGGAAUAAAAAUUUAAUUACAAGCUUCUCGGAGGGGAUAUUCAGCGAGGCGGCGUACGAGGAGGCGCUGGCGAUGUCGCGCGCCGCCAGCGACCUCGUGUUCUCCUUCUACAGGGACAUUGUCACCAAAUAUUCUAAUGUUAUAUGAUAAUAAAUAUUAUUUUAUAAA